AUGGGCUGCUCCCCUAAUGCUUCACAUUCUCCAGUCUUCUUACUCCUUGGGUUCUCAAGAACUAGAAUCUCUCUAGGUCUCCUUUUCUUCCUGUUCCUGGCUAUUUACCUGGUCACCAUAAUAGGGAACGUGACUCUAGUGCUACUUAUCUCCCGGGACUCCAGGCUCCACUCACCUAUGUAUUAUCUGCUCCGUGGUCUCUCCGUCAUAGACAUGGGGCUGUCCACUGUCACCCUGCCCCAGUUGUUGGCCCAUCUGGCCUCUAAUUACCCAGCCAUUUCUGCUGCCUGCUGCCUGGCCCAGUUCUUUUUCUUCUAUGCAUUUGGAGUUACAGAUACACUUGUUAUUUCUGUCAUGGCUCUGGAUCGUUAUGUGGCCAUCUGUAAUCCCCUGCACUACCAUUCAAUGAUGAGUCGCCAACUCUGUGCCUGCCUACUGGCCUUGAGUUGGGUGGUGUCCAUAGUGCACACCAUGCUGCACGUGGGACUUCUCUUGCCUCUUUACUGGGAUGGGGAUGCUAAGGGCAAUGUUAAACUUCCCCACUUCUUUUGUGACCACCGACCACUUCUGCGAGCCUCUUGCUCUGACAUACAUUCCAAUGAGCUGGCCAUAUUCUUGGAGGGUGGCUUCCUCAUGCUAGGUCCCUGUGCCCUCAUUGUACUCUCCUAUGCUCGCAUUGGGGCCACCAUCCUACGUUUGCCUUCAGCUGCUGGUCGCCACCGGGCAGUCUCCACCUGUGGAUCCCACCUCUCCAUGGUUGGCUUCCUCUAUGGCACCAUCAUCUGGGUCUACUUCCAGCCUCCUUCCCAGAACUCUCAGGAAAAGGACAUGGUGGCUGCUGUGAUGUACACUGCCAUUACCCCUUUGGCCAACCCUUUUGUGUAUAGCCUCCGCAACAAGGAUGUCAAGAGUGCCCUUCACAGGCUGCUUGGACUGGGGAGGGUGGACUCCUGA